GAGAGAGAGAGAACCGUAAACUGCGAGUCCGUUGCGGUGCCAUGCCAGUCGGUCCGAGAGAAGGAGUCCAGUGUGAGCGACUCGCUUCAACCCACUGCGUCGAUCGGUAGAAGGAGCUGCCGCACUAACAGCACACCCACACAGAGGCUGUCAGAAGCACAUGAGGAUGGGAGGAGGAAGGGAAGGACGGAGUAGCAGGUGUACCAGCCUCCCCUGAAGCAACGCGUGCAACCGAGCAUGUUGUGACAGCCAUGUCUCUGGAGAUGGAGAAGACCAUCACCAAGCUGAUGUACGACUUCCAGAGGAACUCCACCUCUGAUGAUGACUCCGGAUGCGCUCUGGAGGAAUACGUCUGGGUUCCACCCGGCCUCAGUCCGGAGCAGGUGCAUCAGUAUUACAACUCCUUACCCGAAGAGAAGGUCCCUUACAUUAACAGCCCUGGGGAGAAAUACCGCAUCAAACAACUGCUACAUCAGUUACCACCACACGACAAUGAGGUGCGUUAUUGCAACUCCUUGGAUGAGGAAGAGAAACGGGAACUGAAGCUGUUCAGCAACCAACGCAAGAAGGACAACCUGGGCAGAGGCAACGUCCGUCCUUUCCCCUUAACCAUUAAUGGGGCCAUCUGUGAUAAGUGUGGUGGUCAAAUACAGGGAGGCGACAUCGUGGUGUUUGCCGCCAGGGCGGGUCACGGAAAAUGGUGGCACCCAAAUUGCUUCGUGUGCUGCAUGUGCGAGGAAAUGCUGGUGGAUCUCAUCUACUUCUACCAGGAUGGCAAGCUCUACUGUGGCCGGCACCACGCCGAGAGACUGAAGCCCCGCUGCUGUGCCUGUGAUGAGAUCAUCUUUGCUGAUGAGUGCACAGAGGCGGAGGGCAGACACUGGCACAUGAAGCACUUCUGCUGCUACGAGUGCGAGACCACCCUCGGUGGCCAGCGCUACAUCAUGAAGGAUGGACGGCCACACUGCUGCAACUGCUUCGAGUCCCUCUUUGCAGAGUACUGUGAUGCAUGUGGAGAACAUAUAGGCAUUGACCAAGGCCAGAUGACAUACGAUGGGCAGCACUGGCACGCAACCGAAGAAUGUUUUUGUUGUGCUCAUUGCAAGCGUUCUCUGCUCGGCCGUCCUUUCUUGCCUAAGCAGGGACAGAUCUUCUGCUCACGGUCCUGCAGUGCUGGACAGGAUCCGGAUGAGUCCGAUUCAUCAGACUCCGCUUUCCAGAGCGCCCGAUCUCGUGAAUCUCGCCACAGCACCAAGAUUGGUCAAAAGGAGCGCGGGAAUGCCGAGCAGGAGCGAAGGAAUGUCGAGGCUCGCCAUUCAGCUCCUCCCCCGAUGCCUGACCGUCUGUCUGCUGAAAUUGAUCCACUGACUGUUCAGAUGGACCGUCUGAGUGUGUCAGCCAGCCAGACCCCGAGCAGGACACCCACCCGCACUCCCAGUCGCACUCCGAGCCGCACUCCAAGUCGCGCUCCAAGCCUUAACCAGGUGUGGAUGAGCCGGGAUGACCCUUAUGUCCCCGCUGCCUUUGAGGGCCCCCAGCAAGACUCAUCUCCCACCCCAACAUCUGUUCAUUUUUUAGGUCAGUGUAACGCCAGGCAGGGCUAUAAUCCCAACUCAAAUGUUCACCCGCCAGCCCAGAGUCCCGUCAACCCCGGAAAGAGGCCCGAUUCCUGGGGGAAAGAACAAGGCAAUGCAAAGAGGACACCUAUGGCUGCCAUAAGGGGUCACUCUUUUAAUGAUAACUGGAUCCACCAUAGCCAGGAUGAGUUCAGGCCGAACAAGCUUCGCACCCAAAUGAGUUUCAAUGAGAUGUCAAGCCCGAACCAAGCAUUUUCUGACAAGAGGAGCAUUAGCCUUCACGGGUUCCAGAGAGAUGGAAGGCCCCCACUAACCAGAAGGAAGCACUUCAAUGCCAUGAGCUUCAAUGAGCCACUGACUCCAUUGGAACAGACACCUCAUGGCUCCGUGGACUCCCUCACUGUGUCCAAUGCUACAGGCAAUUCUCUGGACGGGGUCGGCAAGCGUCAGGAGAAUUUGUCCAGGUUCUCCAUGCCUGACCUGAGCAAGGAUUCAGGUGUAAAUGUGUCUGAAAAGAGCAACAUGGGAACGCUCAGCUCCUCAGUUCAGUUCCAUAGCACGGAGUCUCUGUCCUCAUCUCGUCCCUUGAACAACAACAUGUACACACCACACAGAGCUGGCUACCCACUGCAGUACUGGGAUGGGCCACAGCCCCUGGGUUUUGAUAGCAAAGGUCGCGUUGGGUUGAUGGGCAGCAGUGGCAACUUGCGAAUGGCUCCCAUGAGCGACCGAAUGCCCCGUCGACUCAUAAACGGGCCGGAGCUUGCGUCCCAGAAUCAACAGCCUCAACCGAGACGUCGCAAACACCAUCGAGGUCAGCACCGCAGCACCCGCCACCACAAACGCUCCCGCCGUUCUCGCUCCGACAACGCUUUGCACCUGGUGGCCGACCGACCUGCUCAAACGGUGGAGCUGCCAUACCGCCGCGUCCAGGAAGAUUACGAUCGUUUCCCUUCUGGUCACGCCGCUCGGGAGCUGUUUGGGCCGGAGCCGAGCGGGUGCCGACCACAACCCCACCGGCCGUGUCCCCGCACCACUUCUGAUCUCACCCUACAAAAUGCUGGCUGGCAACCUGUUGGUUUGGGUGGGCCAUGCUGGGGCGAUGGCUACAUGGAAGCCGCUGACGCGUGGUGCUCCAGCUGCUCCUCUUCCUCUGAAUCGGAGGACAACGAGGGCUACUUCAUGGGUGAACCGAUCCCUCGCCCUGUGCAGCUGUGCUACAUCAACAACGAGGAGCUACGCCAUCGCUACAGCCCCUCCGGAAUGGGUGGCCAUCACGGACCUCUGCACGGACCCAUUCAUGGCCAGCUGCAUGCCCGCCAGCGGAGGAAGAGCAAAAACUGCAUCAUUUCAUAAAUUUAGACAAAAAUCAUGGUGAGGGCAUAAGUAGGGAUGUGAACGUUCAAGAGAGACAGGUGAGGAGACAAUAAAAGCAACAGAGAGUGGGUAGCUGAGUGUGAGAUAGUGACAGAUAAUAGUGUGUGCGUAGGGGCGGAUGUAAAGAGACAUUAGGCCUAUUUUUCAUGCUGUGAGCUUACACAACUCGGGUAGUGUUUGUGCACACCUACGCAGAAUGAUCUAACUACAAGAGGAAGCUCAGUUUUCUUACACAACAGAUAACAGAAGGAAUGUUUACAACGUUGGACGCCAACAGUAGCGAGAAGAAGCACUGCUUAAUUUGACUGCUUAAUAUGAAUGUGGUCAAGGUAAAUAAUACUUGUGUGAGUGUCUGUGCGUGUGUCCCAUGUUCUGGGAAGAUUGAACAAACCGCUUUACAGGUAAAUAAGACACUGGAGUGGGGUCGCCGUUCAGAAGUCUAAACAAAGGCUUUGGCGUUAAAUGUAUCUAUGUGGACAAUGCGGAAGUUGUGUCGGGCUAGUGAAGGCUACGUGCUGGAUUCCAAGCGGCGUCAUGGUUUUCCCCUCAGUGGAAUCCAAAUGAUGCUGGAAUGGAGUGUCAGCUCGCUAGCCCGGUUAGCACCUUGUACAAAUCGUCUGUUGAACCUUGUGCUCUGCAUAGCCAACUCUCCAUGCUUUACCGAGGACGGGGUGCUCACUGGGUGGCCUCUGCUCCUUGACCAUUCAGGCACAGUAACGUCAGGUAUGGUCCCGUUUUCUCUUCUGCAACAUGCUUUGUUUUUUCGAGAGUAACUUAUAGACACGUACGAAUAAAGAUAAUAGCCCUUACAAUGAAGAAGUAAUAACAAAUAAUGCAAAUAGUCAUCUUAUGGAAAUUAAAAAGAAUACCUAUUAAAUGUUUAUGUAGUAAUACACACAUUAACAAAAUGGAUAUAGUGAUGUAAAUGCUAUGUACAUAUGGUCUUAAAUAUCUCUAUAUUUUGUAAGUCACCAUCAUUAUUUGUAUGAUAUCAUGUAGAGAUAGGGAUAUUUGCAUGUCAUUUUGUUGUUGUCGCAUAUUUAAAAUAAAGUCUACUUCUAUGAACAACCAA